AUCCUCUCGAGCCCUCGGAAGCUCUCGAGCACAAGCCAUCCGCCGAUUCCUUGAAUCACCCUCAAAGCGAGAUCUUGCCGGGCGACUCUGCAGUGACAAAAGCGGAAAAGGUCGAGAGACAUGGUGCUGUCGGCGAGGACAUGAAUGGUGACCACCUUGAUGACGACGCGCCUAGAAAGCGCGUCAAAGUCGAACAUGAUCCCGUCGCCGAUAGCAUCGCCACACCGAGCGCAUCGGAGCGACAGAAGGGCAUUGCUCCGAUUAAGAAGGAAUUUCUCGUGGACGUCAAGACUACCGACAACCGCUCGCAGUAUGACGAUGACGCCGCCGAAGCUGGUGGAAAAGCGGAGCAAGGAAAAGCUGCAGGACGAGGAGGUCAAAAGACGAAAGGCGGGCAGAAUAAGUCAAGAAACUUUGGCAGCUCUCGGGACGCCAUUUCACUUUGCAGAUCUCGUGAGGCAGCGAACGAAUUCGCGAAAACCGUAUGUCCCUUCGACCCUACAUGCAAGCACGAGCAUGAUAUUCGAAAAUACCUCAAGGAUGGCAAGAGAGAAGAUUUAAGUACAUUCAAUGGCAUGUGCCCGAUCUUCGAGACAAAAGGCCAAUGUGGUGCUGGUUGGAGAUGCAGGUUCGCGGGAUCUCAUUCAAAGGAGAGGGAGCUUGAGGACGGUAGGAAGGAACUGGUACAACUUGUGAAGAAGGACGGUGAAGUUGUGGUCCGAGAAGGAGAAGCAGUGGGCAGCAACGAUUGGAAAGACGAUGAGAAUACCGCUGGUAUCGUGAACGUUGUGGACAACAAGGACAAGAUCACUCUGAGGAAGAAGAAGUAUGAUCUGCCAAAGUCUGACCAACUCAUGAAGUGGUACAAUCUUCAGUAUGACAUCGAAAAUGGGAAGGCAGACAAGCAGGACGACCGAGCGGACUAUGUCGAGCCACCGCUCCGACCUUCGGAGAAGAGACGCAUCUACUACGGACCGGAAACUCCUGUGCUUGCUCCACUUACAACUCAAGGCAAUCUUCCCUUCCGCCGGCUUGCUGUGGAGCUCGGAGCUCAAAUCACCUGGUCGGAGAUGGCUAUGGGAAUGCCGCUUCUGCAGGGUGACAAGGGUGAAUGGGCUCUCAUGAAGGCUCACGAGUCCGAAAUGGCACCACCAGCAUUCUCUCCCAAGAAUGUUGUCCGUGACUACGACAAUGGCAAGGACUUUCGAUUCGGUGCUCAAAUCGCAGCCAAUAAGCCGUGGCUUGCGAUGAAGACUGCAGAAGUGCUGACAGAUCUAUGCCCACGACUCCGCGCCAUUGACUUGAAUUGUGGAUGUCCCAUUGAUCUCGUGUGCAACCAAGGCGCAGGAUCUCAACUACUGGAUGCGCAUGGCAAGCUGGAGAAGAUGUUACGCGGAAUGAACACUGUCUCAAAAGAGGUGCCGAUUACCGUGAAAAUUCGCAUGGGAAUCAGAGACAAGCAGCCAACUGCAGUCAAGCUGUGCAAGCGGUUGAUACUGGGCGACGAUCUUGGUCCUGCUGGAGUCGCGGCCAUCACUCUUCAUGGUCGCUCAAGACAACAGCGUUACACAAAGGACGCAGACUGGGAGUAUAUUGCAGAGUGUGCGAGCUUGGUGAAGAAUCUGAGAGCAGAGCGGGACGACGUGACCGACACCACCCGCGAGCCCGACGCUCGAGACCUUCCAGCGUCUAACGAUGGAAUGCCAUAUUUCUGCGGCAACGGUGAUGUUCUCUCACACGUCGACUAUAAUAAUCAUAUGGAGCACGCCGGCGUGGACAGCUGCAUGAUCGGUCGCGGAGCCUUGGUCAAACCCUGGCUCUUCGAAGAGAUCUCCAGCAACCAGUACCUCGACAAGUCAGCCACCGAACGCCUCGGAUACAUCGAGAAGUUCGUACGCAACGGACUGGAGUACUGGGGCUCCGACGAGAUUGGUGUCGGAACCACUCGACGAUUCCUAUUGGAGUGGUUGAGCUUCACCUGCAGAUACGUGCCGAUCGGUCUGCUGGAGCACCUCCCUCCCAAGUUCGGCGAUCGUCCACCGGCGUAUAGGGGCCGAAACGAGCUGGAGACGCUGCUUGCCAGUGGUAACUACAAAGACUGGAUUGCAAUCUCGGAAAUGUUCCUGGGCAAGGCGCAUGAGAACUUCAACUUCCAGCCGAAACACAAGUCGAACAGCUACGAAAUCCAAGCGGAGGGUUGA